AUGUCUACUCCCGACCCUCCUGAAAAACUAAGAUGGGCUGUUCUCAUCGUGGCCUGUCUAGCGCUCUCUGGCCAGUACUACGCCUAUGAUAUUCCCUCCGCGAUAAACGAUCAACUGCAGGCUCGAUUCACCGGUGGAGGGAGCGGUAUGACUGUCGAGGAAUAUACCUACUACUUCAAUCUCUUAUAUACCGUCUAUGCCCUGCCCAAUAUGGUAACGCCAUUAAUACUGGGAGUCUCUAUAGAGUGGAUUGGUAUGAGGUCCAUGCUCCUCCUACUGGCGGUACUGUUAUUGCUCGGGCAAGCGCUACAAUGUGUCGGGUCGUAUUAUUUUUCUAUGAGGACUAUGCUGCUAGGAAGGGUAAUCUACGGACUAGGCGGGGAGAGCAUGAAUGUGGCACAGACAACUCUUCUAGCAGGCUGGUUCCGAGGGCAGGAGAUCGCCUUUGCAUUAGGACUCAAUCUCUCAGUUGCCCGAUUUGGCUCGGUUCUCAACGAUUUGCUGUCACCUGGGGUAGAGGCACGAUAUGGAGUAACGGGAGCGUUCAUAGCGGGGCUCAUAGCGGUGACAAGUACGGUUAUUUUAACGUUGGUGCUGUGUUAUUUCACGAAGCACAUCGAUGAUGAUAUCACUAGUGAGGAAGUUCCCAGUCAGGGCUUCAUAGAGAAUUCUUCCUUUUUUCUCAGUCUCCAAUCGUCAUUGUCACUAUCGGUAGACUUCUGGUUGGUAUGUCUGAGCUGCGUCCUGGCCUAUGCGGUUAUACUGCCUUUUAAUAACAUCGCCGCGGCAUUUUUCGUCGAGGUGUGGUAUCCAACGAUGGAUAAAGCGGCUGCCCACGUCAAAAUACUUUUUGGGGUGUCAGCAUUGGGCUCUCCCAUUGCUGGUAUAUGCAUAGACAAAUUGGGUUACCGCCUCUAUUUUCUCCUGGCUAGUUUUACUAUGGCGACAUUGGCACAUAUCAUCCUGCCUAUAUUGCACCCGGUGAUAUCUAUGACCGUUUUGGGGCUAUCCUAUACGGUGUUCGCCUCUGCAGUAUGGCCGUUGGUAGCAGCUGCAGUACCUCCUAGGAAGACUGGCGCGGCCUAUGGUGUUACAACGGCUGCACAAAACUUCGGCUUGGCGAUUACGCCUGUUAUAGUGGCUCAUAUACGUUCAUCCACUGGCUCCUACGUAGCCGUAGAGAAGUUCUUCUUUUUCAUUGGUACAGCUUCUAUAGGGGUGGGCAUUCUGCUAUGGAUGAGAGAUAGCCGGUCUGGUGGAAUGUUGAACAGCCCAGUUCGGUCCAGGGGAACUGAGCCUCUCGAUCCGAAGUUGCCCAUAGAAGGGUCAUCGAUUGAGACAGGCCCCGGUAGUGAAGAGGAGAGCACCCAGGAGAUGUCCGAAGAUGAUAGAUUAUUAUUUAAUGAGCAUAUUGUUGAUGGUUAA